GAAAUCCUUCAAAGCCUCGACUGCCCAGUGAACCCCGUCUGGAGGACCGGGGCGGUUGCUCUGGUGGCUGCAAUAUUGUUCCCCCGACGCAGCUAACCCAUCGGCGCCUUGGCCUUGCAGUCCGGAGGCGGCAGGGUCGACUCGGCUGGACCAGUGCUCCGGCCGGCGGCGUCAGCUGGGAGUUCGAUUACACAUCACAAACCCCGAGUCUGGGCCCAAAACAUGUUUUGCUGCUGCCUGUUCGGGUAGCUUGCAUCGAAUCGUCUCUUGUGAGAUGGAACUGUGAUGCAACGGCAAUCACGCCAAGGUACCGAUCGGUAUGUUUCUCGGUGUAGAGGUCCAGGUAUCAGCACCCUCAUCCUUCUACUCCAUAGCACGCCCUUGCAGUGGCACACACACAUACACACCCUCGCCAAUCUCUGCCAGUGGGGCUUCAGAUUGCGCUACCAAACUUUGUGCGUUGCUUGCUUCCAGUGCUCCCUCUCGUACCCCCCUCUGCUGGCGUUGGUACAAGUGUACACUGGGACAUGGGUCCAUGCGAGGCAACAUGGCACCUCCCAGCCAGCUCGUGGCUACCGCGGGUAGAUGCAGCAAGCAGCCUCCCACUGCAGCCUGGGCCGAGUGUCCCUCGAUAUGCAGACCUAUAAGAAGCUGGCCGGCUCGCACACGCUCUACCUCGAGUCUGCCUUUGCUCGGUGUCACUUGAGACCAGCCAAAAUAAACGUCAGGCUUUUCAGGAGGUCAGAACCUCAAGUGUGGACUCCAGCUUGUUACCCCAGGCAACACCUUCUCUGGGCAGCCCCGUCGAGCUACACACACGAUGCAUUUCUCCACAUCCCUCAUCACCUGGGCGAGCUUGGGCUUCCCCGGCCUCGCCCUCGCCGUCUGCCCCUAUGCGGACCCCUCCGCCUUCCGCCGCAGGGACGAGGCCGCGGCGCCCAACGGGGACUUUGCCGGCCAGUUCACCGUCGACAGCAAGGACAAGUUCCUCACCGACGACUUUGGCGGGCCCAUUGGCGACCAGUUCAGCCUCAAGGCCGGCGCCCGCGGCCCCACGCUGCUGGAAGACUUUAUUUUUCGCGAGAAGAUAACCCGGUUCGAUCACGAACGAGUCCCUGAGCGGGCCGUCCACGCGCGUGGGGCAGGUGCGUCCGGCACGUUCACCAGCUACGGGGAUUUCAGCAACAUCACGGCCGCGUCUUUUCUCGGCGCAGCUGGGAAGAAGACCGAGGUGUUUGUUCGUUUCUCCACCGUGGCCGGUUCUAGGGGAAGUGCAGACACCGUCAGGGAUAUCCGCGGGUUUGCCACCAGGCUCUACACGGACGAGGGAAACUUUGAUAUUGUUGGCAACAACGUCCCUGUGUUUUUCAUCCAGGAUGCUAUCCGUUUCCCUGACUUGAUCCACGCGGUCAAGCCCAGCCCGAACAAUGAGAUACCGCAGGCCGCGACUGCUCACGACAGCGCGUGGGACUUUUUCAGCUCGCAGCCGUCCACUAUGCAUGCUCUCUUCUGGGCCAUGUCACCGCACGGGACCCCGCGGUCGUUCCGCUACAUGGACGGGUUCGGCGUCCACUCGUUCCGCCUAGUGAACGACAAGGGCGAGUCGCACCUCGUCAAGUUCCAUUGGAAGACGAAACAGGGCCUGGCCAGUCUCAUCUGGGAGGAGGCCCAGGUCCUGAACGGCAAGAACGCCGAUUUCCACAGACAGGAUUUGUGGGAUGCCAUCCAGGCCGGCAACGGGCCCGAGUGGGAGCUCAGCAUCCAGCUGGUCAAGGAGGAGGACGCACUCACCUUUGGCUUCGACAUGCUCGACCCGACCAAGAUCCUCCCCCAAGAGCUGGCGCCACUCCAGCCCCUUGGGGUGAUGAAGCUGGACCGGAAUCCGACCAACUACUUUGCUGAGACGGAGCAGGUCAUGUUCCAAGUCGGCCAUGUUGUACGCGGUAUCGACUUCAGCGAAGACCCUCUUUUACAGGGGCGUGUGUUUAGCUACCUUGACACACAGCUAAACCGCAACGGCGGUCCCAACUUUGAGCAGAUUCCAGUAAACCGCCCCCGGGUUACUGUCCACAACAACCACCGCGACGGCGCGAUGCAGAUGAUGAUCCACAAGAACAUCUUCCCUUACACCCCCAGCGCGCUCAGCAACGGCCCCAAGCAGGCGGACCAGGAGAACGGGCGGGGCUUCUUCACGGCGCCCAAGCGCACGGUGUCGGGCGCGCUGAACCGCGCGCUCUCGCAGACCUUUGACGACCACUGGACGCAGCCGCGGCUCUUCUUCAACAGCCUGACCAGGGCGGAGCAGCAGAUGGUGGUCAACGCGAUCCGGUUCGAGCUCAGCAACGUCAAGGCCGGGGUGGUGCGCGAGAACGCGCUGCGGCAGAUCAACCGGAUCCACAACGGCGUCGCGGCCCGCGUGGCCAGGGCCCUCGGCAUGGAGGCGCCCGCGCCGGACCCGCGCUUCUACCACGACAACACGACGACCGGCCUCUCGGUCUUCGCCAAGCCGCUGACCAGCGUCAAGGGCCUGCGGGUGGCCGUGCUCGCGGCCGCUGGCUCGGCGGGCAACGCGGCCGGGUUGAGGGAUGGGCUCGAGGCCGAGGGCGUCGUCGUGACGGUCGUGGCCGAGUCUCAGGCCGCGGGCGUGAACGCGACCUACUCGGCGUCCGACGCCUCCGGCUUCGACGGCCUGCUGGUGGCGCCCGGCGCCGAGACCUUCUUCAGCGGCAACGGCACCAGGUCAACCCUGUUUCCGCUUGGCAGGCCCGCCGAGCUGGUGCUCGACGCCUACCGCUGGGGCAAGCCCGUCGGCGCGCUCGGCUCGGCGGCCGACGCGCUCGCUGGCGUGGGUGUGCCCGACGGCGACGGCGUCUUUAAAGGCAGCGACGCGGCGGCGCUGGUGAGGAACUUUACCACGGGGCUAAAGCAGUUCAAGUUCCUUGAUAGGUUCCCUGUCGAUGCGGAGUGAUGAGGGAGCGGUGUUGAACCUGUUUGCAGGGUUAUAUUUUGAUAUCUUUUUCUCUGUUCUUCGCACAUGCCUUAUUUACUUUCCCCCACCAUAACCGAGUCCACAUCUUUGAAGGGCCUCGCUUUGUUAUGCCCCUGCUUUGCAUUCUUCUGCCUAGGUAGGUUAACAAUGCACAACAUACUCGCAUGCAGGGACUAAGCAUCACGUGUGGCUGCUCUGCGAACCGUGAAUAGCAUAAAAUCAGGAGCCGCUCCGCUAAUUUGACGCCGGUGCACGGCCCUUCGGGGGCACCUUCGUUAAAUUGCCCUGAUUUUGAUUUUAAGCGUUUAAGGCAAAAGAAUAGAGUAAUACUGCUUUUUAGUGUUUUAACUCGUUCCUUAAAUAACACAAAAAAAAACAGUAAAGGCGUUAGGGAGGCUCAAAAGCGUAACUGUU